AUCAACCAGGAAGCAACUUCCCAAAACGGUUUUAGUUGCAUGUUAGCGGCUCAUCUGUUUGCAGCAUGAAGGGAAUGUAUUGACUGUAUUGCUAAACAGAAAAUCUGCAUGACUUACGGUUGCAUGAUGUGCGGUUUGUUGCUGCAUGAGUAUUUUCUUCUUGUUUUUGCAUGCUCUCAUGUCUUUGUGUCUUAAAAUGUUUUUAAAUGAACAAAGUCAGCUGUACUGUACUGUAGGGAUGUCACUAUUCUAGAUUUUCUUGGUAUGAUUAUGGUCAUAGAAAUGAUCAUGAUAUUACGAUCAUCAUGAUAAGUUGUCAGUUCAUUUCACAACACUAAAUUAUGAAGGCCACAUGACCAUUCCCUGUAGGUCUUUAAGUUUUAUUUAUUUCUAUAUUUCAAUGCCAACAUAACAAAAUAUUUUUGUAACAAAGUAAAGUAACCAAAAAGUCCCAUUUCAACAAAAUCCCUUUUUCUGUAAACAACAAAUAAAUCCUACAUAUUAACUCUGGAUUUCUUUCAGCGAAAACAGAUGGAAAAGGCUACAGAACCUCUAUCCAGACUUUAUGGAGUUCUCUUUGUAAACUACAUUAUAAAAAUGGCUUAUUUUUAACCUGAAAAGACAUUUUUAAACACACAGAAAAUAAACAUUUGGUUAGCUUUUGUCUCUUUUGUUCUUCAUCAGAUUAGCUGCUGUUUGAAGCAUAAAUAUUCCUGGAACAGUGAAAAUAAAUAAACAAGAUCAUAUUUCUGAAAUUAAAUACGUCUUCUGCAGGCCAUUGCACACUGAUGACAAAAAAGGCGUCGACUCAUACUGAGUUAAUAAAAGUUUGAGUUUUUCUCAUUUGUAUAAUGUAACAUUAAGUGUUUGCUGUUUAAUUUGUCACAUUGUGCUGUAAGCUCAACCUUAGUCACACACAAUUAAAAAAUAGCAGAAGACAGCUUUUAAUUUCAAUGUUAUGUUAAGUGAACCCAGUUAUUGCACAUUUACCUUUAGCAUGCAAAGCUGGUGAUCAUGCUGUAGGCGGUAAACAUUAUGCAUUUCCUCUCACUGCACAUUUUUCAUGCUUUACAGGCUGGUGACCUUUCCUUCACAUUUACACAUUUUGUAUUCUAACCACAGUAAUCUGACAAGGAUGACUUAAUCCAUAUAUUUGGAACGACUUUCCCACUUGAACAUGCCUCUUCUACAACUGAAAUAAAACAACACAAGUGGUAACUUGCAAAUAAUGUGUAACUUCGGACAUAAUUCUGAAUGGAAAGUGCCGAUUUUGAGGGAUCUUUACAAUUAAUUAAUCAUAAGUUUAAAACCACGAUUUAUUAUGAAAUCAAGUAAUCAUGACAUCCCUAGUGUACUCAGUGGUGUAUGUUUAAUAGUUUUUAUUUAUACUUGUAGUGACAGUAAGUUCCAGUAAAUUAGAAACUACACUAUAUGAAGUACACUUUAAUAGAUAUGACAAUUUCAGAUUUGUUAAGAAUCUGUUUGGAUAAAAGUAGAUUUCUAACUUCAUUAACCUGCAUGGAUGCUUUCCGGUUUUCAGCAUGCUGCUUGUUUUUUCUCAGGAGCUGUUCAUAGUCUAAGAUCCAGCUCUAUAACAAAAACGGUAGAACUGGUAAUUCAUGUCUAAAAGAUUAACCCCUUUGUGUCUUUGAUUCUUCCUGCCUCUCUCUAACUAACCCAAGAGCCUGUACUUGUUAUUCUCUUUUGUUUUCCUGCAACGGAUGAAAGAUGUCCAAGAAGAUUUCCCAGUUCUCCGUAGAGGAUCCUUUGGAGCCCGAUCAGGCGGAUCAGUCCACAAAAGCAGCACCGACUGGUAGGAAAAAGUCUGAACCGGGCCAGAGAAACGGAGAGACUGCAUCCUCAUCUCCAGAGAGUGGCAGCUUGAAUGGAGAUGGAAAACGCAGUGGGAAAAGCCGGCGCCGCAAGAAACGGUCAUCUAAUCCUGAGAGCCACCCAGAGGGGAAGGCUGACGUCAAGAAUGAAGACAAACCAGACAAACAGAUGAGCCAGCCACCUGACCAGUGCGCCACCUUGGUCGGUUUACAGUCGGAGUGCGCUAAUGUGUGGUUUGAACGCAGCGUCUAUGAGCGAGCAGAGAGCCUCUACCAGUGCUGGCUAAUGAGCUCCUCUAACAUAAGCUCACCUCAGUCCUCAGGCAAAUGCUCAAACACUCCAUCCACCCUGGCUCCAUCUUCCUCAGGACUGGCAUGUCACCAUGGUGAUCAGGUUGCUUGCCAUCAUGUCGAACAGGCUGUGUGGGUCAACAAGACAACUUUCGACCAAGCAGAACGCCGCUUCAUUGAAUCCAUGCAGCCUUCCAUCCCAAACUCUCUGGACCUCCCGCCACUGCCCAAUCGCUCUGUUUCAUCCACAACACCUGAUGAAGGAUAUCAGUCUCUAGCCCCAACUCCUGCAACGCCCAUCCUCCCAGAAUCAGCCGUCACACCGACUGCACAGCAGUCGAUAAAUGGGCUGCCUUGCAUCCCAGUGGAGCUGGUGAGAGACGUCUGGCUGGACAAGCCACUGUAUGACCGCGCUGAAGCAGCCUUUUACCAAACUCUGUAUGGUAACAAUUCCUCUAAGAGAUCUAGCUGCACCUCCACCUCCAGAGGUAGCGACCACCCUCAAAGCCUUGUGGAAGAAGAGGAGGAAGAGGAGGAAGAUGAGGAAGUGGUGGUAGAGGAAAAACGGGUGGUUCCCCAGGGUAAGGUAGAAAUCUUCCAUGCUCUGCACCCGAUCCAAGAGGAAGAGGAACCAGUGGAGAUUCCAGAGGGAGAAGAAGCGUCAGGAACCAGCUAUUUCCUCCACCCGGACAGCGAGCGGGUGUGGCUGGACAAGUGGCGAUACGAUGCUGCAGAAAGUCGUUUCUGUGGCUCCGGUGCAGCUAAAGCAUGUGCGGUGAAGAAGGACCAGAGGCAGGAAGCACCAUCAGUUGCCUCCAAGGCCCCACGAAGGGACAAAAAAAUGAGCAUGGUGGACUUUCUGGCCCAGGAAAAGAUCUGGUUUGACAAACCUCGUUAUGAUGAGGCUGAAAGACUCUUCUAUGAGCGCAUGAAUGGCUCGCCACAAAACGCACAGGAUGCUGGAGCGAACACCAUCCUGCAAGACAUUGCUCGGGCUCGGGAGAACAUCCAGAAAUCCUUAGCAGGAAGCGCUAGCAGCAACAAUGCAGCAGAUCAAGGAGAACUAGUGUCUCGCAUCAAGAGCCUGGAGCUGGAGAACCAGAGUUUACACAAAGUGGUUGAGGACUUGCGGUCAGCGCUCUCCAAACUUGAAUGUCGGGUGGCUGUUUUAGAGAAAAGUCCUGCAUCAGUGGCCCCAGCUCCAUCUCUGGCUCCAGCUCCCUCAGUUCGCUACACAAAUGGCACAACGGUCCAACAGAAGACCAGCGCUCCAGUUAAAGAGGAUGAAGAUGACGAUGAUGAUGAUAUUGACCUGUUUGGUAGUGAUGAAGAUGAAGAGGCAGAGAAACUAAAAGAGCAGAGGCUGAAAGAGUAUGCAGAGAGGAAAGCCAAGAAGCCCGCCAUCAUCGCCAAGUCCUCCAUCUUAUUGGAUGUUAAACCAUGGGAUGAUGAAACAGACAUGGCGAAGCUGGAGGAGUGUGUGCGCUCGGUGCAGGCUGAUGGUCUGUUAUGGGGAAUGUCCAAACUGGUUCCUGUAGGUUACGGCAUCAAGAAACUCCAGAUUGCAUGUGUGGUGGAGGACGACAAGGUGGGAACAGACCUGCUGGAGGAGGAGAUCACCAAGUUUGAAGACUAUGUUCAGAGUGUUGACGUAGCAGCAUUCAACAAGAUCUGAUCCCAGUCCGUCUCCCCUUGUCUCGUGGUCAUGCCUUGUUUCUCUGCUGAUUGUGUCAACGGUUAAUAAUAAAACAAACUCUUGCACUGAA